AUGAAGGCAUACGUCUCACCGAUAGUCGAUUCCACCACCGUUUUCAAGAAUGAUAUUUUCAAAGGCAAGGUGCUGUUCUGUACCGGCGGAGGAUCUGGAAUCUGCAAGGCGAUGACGGAAGCUGUGAUGCGUCACGGUGCAAAUGCGACCAUCGUAGGCAGAAAGUUGGACCGGCUCACGGCAAGCGCCGAAGAGCUUGCGCGGACCACGGGGAGACAAUGUCUCGCAGCUCAAGCUGACGUUCGCGAUCCCAAACAGCUACACGAGGCCGUCGCAAAUACGAUUGCCAAGUACGCAAGAAUCGACUUCGUGAUCUGCGGAGCGGCCGGCAACUUCCUUGCACCCAUCUCCGGGCUAUCCGAGAAUGGAUUCAGGACUGUUGUUGAGAUCGAUGCUAUCGGAACGUACAACACCAUCAAAGCAACCUUGCCGUACGUGAGAGAGUCGAAGGGGUCCUAUAUCCAUGUCAGUGCAACACUGCACUAUAGAGGGACUCCGUAUCAAGUACAUGUCUCUGCCGCAAAGGCCGCUGUGGACGCUACGUCCGCUGUGUUAGCUGUCGAAGAAGGACCUCGCGGCGUCCGUUCGAAUGUCAUCGCUCCAGGACCUAUUUCAGGGACAGAAGGGGCAGACCGCCUCACGACAAAGGACGGUAGUGGGGGUGGCUGGGCAAAUAUCCCCGUGGGACGAACUGGCGACGUGAAGGACAUAGCCAACGCUACUAUCUUCUUGUUCAGUGACGCUGCGAGCUUCAUUACCGGACAGGUGUUACCGGUGGAUGGAGGUAGUGAGCAUUUGCGCCCGUUGGGAUUGCCCUAUCCCCAAUCGGUGCUGGAUCCCGAGUCGGUGAAAGGCAUGAUUAAAUCCCGUCUGUAGCCUUUGCAGCGGCUUCGAUUGUGCUCCGCACCAUGACUCCGGUCCAUCGUAGCUCCUGCCAAAGUCGUUUGUACACGUAUGGAUAGAAUGCAGAUGUGCACGUCGUGUUGUCUUGAUACAGAGGCGGUGAUGUCCUGUGUGGCGAUCUCCUAACCUACCGUG